AUGGUGCCAGCGCCGCCACCGCUGCCCACGCAAUUCCCUUGCUGGUGCAGGGCCGUUUACUCUUGGGGAGGAGAGGGAAAACGUGAUCUCGGAUUCAUAGAAGGAGAUUUAAUCGAGUGCCUCAACGCCGGAGAUGGCUCCUGGUGGACCGGCCGCUUGUAUCGUGACCGCCGAACUGUGGGCUCUUUCCCUUCCAACUUCGUCACAGUCCUACCAGAAGAAUUCCGACCGUCUGCGAACCGAUCCGUCAGCCCUGUGCCACCCAGCAUCGCCCCGAGUCCAUCGAGAUCGAAACCCUUCCGACGCCCGUUUGAGGCCUACGCGAAGGCUCCUCACUACACGAGCGCAAAGACACCGAUUACAUUCAAAGAAGAGCCCGCCGCGAAGUCAGCGAGCCCAAUCAAGCCUCCAGCUCCCUCCGCCGCUGUCGCAAGAGCCAAGAGUGGCGCCACGGUCCUCAGGCAGGAACAUACCCCUUCGCCGCCACGGAUAAGACCUUACGAUCCUAGAGCCGUGUCGCCCGCUCCCUCAUUCCGCCGACCGGAGCCUCCCGCGGCAAACGCAUACACACAACAGCAGUCACAGCCCCCGCCACCCCCGCCGCACAAGCACGUUGCAAGAGCUGGCUCUGCUGACGUCGAACCUCCCCUUGCUCUGUCUAGGCAUGGUUCGGUGACUACUUACCAAGAACAACCUCCUCAAUUAUCGCGCAAUGGGUCGCAAGUUUCGUACCAUGAGCCGGAUGACUUCCAACGACACGCAUCAAACGCGUCUUAUGACGGCCGACGCUAUGAUGUUCAUGCUGAUCAGUAUAGUACGCCACGAAGAACUGGCUCAUACAUGGAGAACUCCCCUGCUGGCAGCCACGGAAUGACACCGUCGCCACUCCGCGAGGCAAUGGAUGGUGUAAUGGAGCAGCUCGACGAAUUGGAAGGGCUGGGAAGUAGAUGCGGAGAAUCUCCAGAAGCCGACAUUGAUCCAUGGGCACCCGAGAGUUUUGGACUAGAAUCUCGCGCGCCACGAGCGUACGAACCUGAGCUUGGAAGACCGCGAACCUCGAUGGGUAUCGCUCAAUCUGACGAGGGCUACGAGACAUGGAGCGGUGAAUCUUCUCAAGUCGAUGGGUAUAAGCGCAACCAAAGAGAAGAAAAACCCGAGCUACCGCAGUUAAGCAACUAUGUGGAAAGAAUGGAGAAGCGGUUUCAGAAAAUGCAUCAACACAGCAAAAGCGUGCCGGCUGUCGAGACGGAUGGACCGCCGCCGCCGCCGCCGAAGAAUCAGCAUUACACGCGACCGAGUUCUUCAGCCGCAGACCGUACUGGGCCUGAAAGGGCAUUGAAGUCGCACAAAUCGGGUUAUGAUAUGAGAGAUAAAGAUGCCAUCGGGCGCACAUACACGACAAAGACGAAUACAACAAACUCAUCCUCUGGCAACCAAAGCAAUACUAGCUAUGCAACCCAAAGCAGCGGUAGAACGCUGUGGAGUGGCGUAUCAGCCAGCGGCUUCAGCUCAACAAGCGCCGGAAGCAUGGCUAGAAACCACCAUCAACGAACGCAAAGCGCGCUGGGCAUGCGAGAUAUGGAUCACGAACGGCCAGACUCACCAUUCACCGGUGUCUCUUACCACAGCAGCCAUGCCACGAAUGCCAGUGGCGCGGCCAGGCCAAUGUCGCAAGCUGUAUACGAAGACCCGUCUGCUGGAUUGGGUGGGCUGGUGCAGCCGAAGGCCCCCAAGCGCAAUAUUUUCAAGAAGAUUUUUGAAUCCGCCAAAACGGGCGUUGCCAAUAAUCGCGGCAAUCUUGCGGGUGGUAUCGGACAUGAGCCGGGCAGUUCUUCUCCAUUUAACCGUCCUCAUGGCGGCGGAGCGAUGGGUUCAGCUCGUACGGGCAUGCGCUCCAACUUGGAUACUGCUCGAGAAAUGGGCGCCGGGCCCAUCGAUUGGGUCCAAGUACGCCGCGACAUCAACAGAUCAAAUUCUCUAAGCAAGAUUGAGCGAGCAGAGCGACGAGACCGUUGCCAGAUACAGGAUCAUCCGGCUCUGAACCCCAUCGACGAGCUCUAUGAAAGUAUUGAGGGUGACGAAGCGGCAGAUGGAAACCCAGUCCUUGAUGCGCUGAACUACCAAUCUAUCAAUCUGACACAAGUUGACAAGAACUCGCGAUUCAUCAACGAAGCAUCGCCGAUGACGACUGCGAUUUCUUUGGCUACUACGUACGUCUGCAGACCUUACCGAAGCGAGGUACAGCGACUACGAGCGGUCUUCACAUGGGUGAGCGAGAAGAUUGUCUGGGAAGAAGACUUUGAGGGUGACAUCAACACACGCGAAGUCAUUCAAUCGAGACGUGGGUGUGCCGAGGAGUAUGCAGUACUUGUCAUGGAGAUGUGCUUGGCUGUCGGCAUCAGGUGUGAAGUGGUACGAGGAUACCUCAAGGCACCUGGGGAGAUCAUAGACAGCACCAUAGUGCCGCGUCCAAAUCACUGGUGGAAUGCGGUGCUUGUGGACAAUGAGUGGCGCAUGAUGGAUUGCUGCCUGGCCAGCCCGUCAAACCCGAAGCGAGCUCAAUACUCGACCCGGAACAGCAAUGUGGCGGAGCCUUGGUGGUUCCUUACUAGACCUUCGGAGCUCUGCUGGACGCAUGUGCCAGAACAUCAUGAACAGCAGCACAUUGUGCCAGCAGUGGCACAUGAAAUUCUGCUCAACCUCCCUUGUGUCUGCCCUACCUUCUUUAAGGAUGCAGUCGAAAUGGUAGACUACAACACAUCUUCAACAAGAAUCGAGGACUUGGAAAUGGUUCACCUGAAGGUGAACGUUCCGGCCGAUAUUGAGGUCGUAGCGGAAAUUGAGACCCGUGCUUACUCACAAGACUAUGACGGCGACGUGUUUGAGAGUGGCGAGGUGGUCAAGACAAGAGCAUUGGCGCAGGCGGAGUGGUACGGCGGUGUGAAGAGAUACACGGUCAAGGCGCUGCUCCCUGGUGACGAGGGUCAGGGAGUACUAAAGGUGUAUGCGGGUGCACGAGGGCUAAUGCACAGCAUUAAAGAUGUACCACACCCAUUGGCUUUUGCACUGCCUAUCAUCCAUACUGGAGAAAACCCCCCAUAUCAGUUUGUGACGCGGCACCCGACACCGCACGCACAACGCAACGAUAUUUACAUUGUGCAGCCACAGUGCCAGAGAUUAGCGCUGAACAACACAUUUGUAUUUGCUAUUCGUCAGCAUCCAUGCCUGUCGGCUGCCGGAUUCCAAUCAAGCUUGACACCAUCUUCGAACCCUGGACGGACCAGCCCGAACCCCUUUGCGCGUCCAAGCUCAGCUAUGAGCAUGACGGCGGCCUCGAGUGUCAACGGCUCCAACCCUAGCUCGGCGAGCGGCACUGUGGCGGGCCACAAGCCAGCCAAGUUGGCUAUCCAAACGCCGGGCGGCAAGAUUCUCCGUCUUAUGAGGAAGGAGGACCGCAAAGGCAUCACGGUUACCGGACGCGACGACGACGAGAUGAGUGACGGCGGCACAUGGGAGACCAUUAUCAAGUGCUCUGAGACGGGCAUUUGGAGAGGUCUUGUGCUGGCAGAUCGGACAGCUCGCUGGUGUGUAUUUGCUGAAUGGCACUGCGUUGGAUAA